AGAGUCAUGAAUAAUCAGACUUUUGUGACAGAAUUCAUCCUAAAGGGAAUCACAGACAUCCCUCAGUUGCAGGUUCUAUUUUUUGUUCUUUUUCUGUUCCUCUUCAUAGUAGCUCUUAUUGGAAAUUGUCUCAUUGGGGCUGCUAUCAGCCUGAAUUCUAGUCUUCACACUCCAAUGUAUUUCUUCCUGGUCAACUUGGCUUUGUUGGAUGUCAUCUGCACAUGCACUGCUGUGCCCAAGCUCUUAGAGAUUCUGGGGGGAGAAGACAAGACCAUUUCUUUCGGGGGCUGUAUGACUCAGUUGUACUUCCUGACUUGGUCUGUGGCUGCAGAACUCUUGCUUUUCACAGCCAUGGCUUAUGAUCGGUAUGUAGCAAUCUGCCAGCCUCUGCAUUACAGCAAGAUGAUGAAUAGGGAAGUUUGUGUCUCAUUGGCUGUGGCUGUGUGGGGGAUCAGUGCCUGUGGUGCCACAACAAAUACCAGUCUCUUGUUGAGGCUGUCAUUCUGUGGUCCUAAUGCAAUAGAUCAUUUCCUCUGUGAGAUACCCUCUCUACUGCCACUGUCUUGCUCAUCCACAUAUGUGAAUGACAUCAUGACAACUGUGGCUGACAUAUUCUUUGCAGUUCUGAAUUUCCUGCUCACUGUGAUGUCUUACGGCUUCAUUAUCUUCAGCAUCAUGGCAAUCCAGAGUACAGAGGGCAAAAAGAGAGCUUUUGCCACCUGCUCUUCUCACCUCAUUGUAGUUACCAUGUACUAUUCUACUGUCAUCUAUGUCUACCUAAGCCCAGGUUCCAGUUACUGCCCAGACACAGGCAAGAUCAUGGCUGUGCUUUACUCCACAGUGAGUCCCUCUUUGAAUCCUCUUAUCUAUACUUUGAGGAAUAAGGAUGUUAAAAAGGCCCUCAGAAAACUCUUUAUCUUUUUCAAGAGGAAAUGA